GUGACAGCCACAUUCAGGGUGCUUAGUCUUCGGAAGCAACCCAACCCUCUCUUCUGACACCAUGCCGUACAACUGCUCCUCCAGAAACUACUUACCUAGGAUGCGUGGGGAUCAAUGCACCGUUCCCGGUGUCUCUGCUGGGGCAAGGGAGACAGAGUGUCAGAAUGGCAUCUACUUACCCAGUUCUUUCCAAGGGAGUUCUUGGCUCCUGGAUCAUUGUCGUGAAACCUGCUGUGAGCCCACUAGCUGCCAGCCAAGUUGCUAUCCAAGUAUUACCUGCACUUCUGGUCCCAGCCAAGUAGCCUCCUGCCAACAAACAACUUGCAUUGCCUCCAGGCCCUUACAGACCAACAUCCUCCGGCCAUGCAACUUUGUCUCCAGUAGCUGCCAACCACUUGGUGGGGUCUCCAGUGUCUACCAGCCAACCUGCAGCAUCACCAGGACAUAUGAACGGCCUUGUAUGACCAGCUGUCGCCCAACUUGCUGAGUAUGAAGGUCCUAAUGAGCACGUUAUCAUCCUUGAUCCACUAGCCGUGUUUUUAGGAUCCGCCAGCCUGCUGCCCAGCCUACCACUGAUUAUUACUGCCGAUCUUUGCUUGAACUGACCACCAGCUAGCCACAGAAUACCCUUGGCCUCCUAGGAUUUUCUUGGCCAAGUGAAGCUUAUCUUAAAGGUCACAACCAUUCAGUCUCUGUAAUCUUCGAAUGUUUUCAGACAUUCUCCCUGUAAGCAUAUGUUUGGCUGACUUUGGCAUUUCGAGCUUGCUUUAUUUCUCUUGCUUCAAUGCCUUGCUGUGUAUUUCAGAAUAAAAGUGCAUUAACUGCCAUGGCAAAAGUCUCAUCAGAGUUCUUUAUCCGUUUAUACAUAUACUUUAUAUGUAUAUCUAAUAAAUUAC